CUUUGCAUUUUGUGCCCUUCCAUCCAUGACCUCAGCAAUCCCCACCAGCGCCGAACUCAAGAGCUUGUCGGAUGCUUGCAACCGCCUCUGGGCUCUCGAUGAGAACCGACUAAACCCGAACGAGCACUACCAAAUCAACUUGCAACGUGGAAAGAGCCCGUACCAGACUGGUGACGUCGCCCCUGACAACCUCUUCACGUAUGUGAAUCCCGAAGUAUUCAACAAGAAGACGUUCAAGUUGUUCACGGCGUUGCUCGACAACUACGAACGUGGUACUGGCGUGGCCGAAAACGUGUCCCGCGAGGAACUCAAGGAAAACGAACUGUUCAUCGACGCCAUCGCCGAAACUAAAGUGAUCAAAUACGUCCAUGCGUGGUUGGAAAAGAACGGCAAGUUCCACGGCGACAUCCGCGCAUUCAAGCGCAAGCUGCACGACAUCUGGUUUGGACUGUACCGUCGAGAAGUUGCCAACGACAGUUCCGGGUUCGAACACGUGUUUAUCGGCGAAGUCAAGGAAGGCAAAGUGUCUGGGUUCCAUAACUGGAUCCAAAUGUACUUGGAAGAAAAGGCCGGUCGAUUGGACUACUUGGGCUACAUCAAGCCCAAACAACGUGGUCGGUCGACGCUCGACCCCGACGAGUACGAGCAGCUCGUGACCAUCCAAUUCGCGUGGGAAAACGAAACCAAGCCCGUGUCCACGAGUUUGAUUGGCGUCAGUCCCGAGUUUGAAGUGGCCUUGUACACACUGUGCUUUUUGAACGGCGACGAAGCCAACGAAGUGCAAUUGGGGCCAUACCGUGCUAUCGUCAAGUGCUUUUGCAUUGGUCGGGGUGACCGCGCCAAGAUCGGCUCUUCCUUCCCCGACGCUUGUCCCUUGACGGAAGAUCAGGCCGCCACCAAAAUUCAGGCCCAAUUCCGAGGCUUAAAGACCCGCUCCAAUACCCUCGUGCCCACGCCGACCUCGACGGCCCCUCAACCUCCUCGUCCAGCUGGCAACCCUUGGGGUCAAAAGUCGACCCCUGCUGCUGCGGCGGCCCCUGUCGCCGCUCGCCCGGCCGGCAACCCGUGGGGUACCGCGUCCCUCCAAGACUCACUGCCUUCGAAAGCCCCCUAGGCAGCUGUGUCUCGUGUAAAAAUAACUCCACCACCUGGGUGCCUUGUAUGAACAAUUGUUCAAGCUGCUGGCCACUCAAAUGACUGCAGUCACCAGACAAGUACUACUAUGCACCAUUGUAGCCUACAUCUUUGCAUACAACUGGAACUUCUAG